GACCACUCCUUCGGCUGCCCCGCAGAGGUAUCAUGAAAGGCCUCGGGUAUUAUAGAGUAAAUAUAAAUAUAUGUAUUAUCUAUUUAUAACUUUGGAAUUGAAGUAGCCUGUAAAUGGAAACACUCUUAUAUGCACCGUUUACCUUGAACAUAGAACCUUUGAAGUUAUGGAGUCUCAAAAGAUAACCCUGCCGGUAGCCAGGCCCUGCGUGUCAUUCUGGCAACAGACCACACGUUCUUUCCCCUAUUUACACGCCAACAAGAACGAACCGGUUCCGGAGGAGUCAAAAUAUGUCAUUAUCGGUUCAGGUAUCUCCGGUGCUCUAACUGCCUUCGAGCUAAUUCAAGGGGGUGUACCGGCAGGGGAUAUAACCAUCUUCGAAGCGAGAGAAGCUGCCAGCGGAGCAAGUUCAAGGAAUGCAGGUCAUGUGCGGCCAGAUGCCUUCCGCGGGUUCCAGGUCUACAAGCAACUGCAUGGCCCAGGUCAAGCGCUAAAGAUCAUCGCCAACGAAAAGCUCGUCUUUGAAAGGGUUAAGGAAUUCGUCGACAAGCAUGGAGUGCAAUGUGACUUCAACCCGACGACUACAUUUGACGUGUGCAUGACGCAGGAGUUCGCCGAUUUUAACGCGCGCAGUUUCAAGGAGUAUCAGGAAGCCGGGGGCGACGUCUCCCAUAUCAAGUUCUACGGCGGAGAAGAAGCACGGAGGGUAACCCGCGUGCAGAAGGCGGUUGCUGCUUAUGAAUGGCCCGCCGGCUCGAGUCACCCGGCGAAAUUGACCCAAUGGCUUCUUACGCAGUCUAUAGAAAAGGGCAUCCGGCUUUUCACCCACUGCCCGGUGACUUCGGUAACUAGGUCGGCCUCCUCCUCAUCUACUGACCAGGUUGCCUGGGACGUAGAAACGCCUCGGGGCACGAUAAAGGCCUCUACGGUAGUCCACUGCACGAAUGCUUUUGCGCCUCACCUCCUCCCUCAGCUCUCACAAUUCAUCACGCCCAACCGUGCCCAAGCCCACGCUUUCGUCCCCCCAGCCCCGCUCAACUCUUCCAAUAUCCUACCAGGCACCAUGUCCCUCCGACAUUCGCUGAAGCACUUCUACUCCGUGGCUCAGCGGCGGGCGGACGGCAUCAUCAUCCUGGGCGCGCCCAUCGCGAACCCGAACAUCAGCGCCGCGGCAGCAGCAAGCCGUCUAGUCGCCGACGACGCUAUCGUCAACGAGGAGGUGAGAGACGACUCGGUGAAAAACUUCGAGGCUUGCUUCCCGGAGUGCGAGAAGGGGAAGCUGAGCCACGGGGAGGGGCUGCUGCAUGCUUGGACCGGCAUCAUCGGGAUGACGACCGACUCGGUGCCGUUCGUGGGCAAGAUAGAAAGCCUACCGGGACAAUGGGUCUGUGCUGGGUUUAACGGCCACGGGAUGGCGAGGAUAUUUACUUGCGCGCCGGGAGUCGCGAAACUCAUACUUGGGGGCUCCUGGGACGAUACCGGGUUGCCUGAGUGCUUUGAAAUAACCGAAGAACGCUUAGAAAAACUUCGAAAGGGGGUUUCCGGGUCGGUGUUUUGAGCUAGCAAUAGGACCUUAACGACUCAAAAGUACCUACCUAGAUACAUAGGGUAAACUUAUAUAUCAUGCUACCUACUACCUUAUUACCUUAUCUAUGGCUAGGGUAGAUAGAAGGUGACUCUAAAUUAUCAAUUUAAGAUUAGU